CUGAUCAGACCUGAGGAAAUGACUAACCCCAAGGUGGAUGACCUCAGUAUGAUGACUUACCUGUCCCAGUUCCCCAAUGCCAAACUCAAACCAGGAGCACCAGUCAGACCUCGCCUCAACCCUUCCCGUGUCAGGGCAUUUGGACCUGGUCUGGAACCAACUGGCAACCAGGUUGGGGCCCCAGCCCGGUUCACUGUGGAGACCUUCAGUGCAGGAAAGGGUGAGCUGGAGAUCCUUGUGAUCAACCCCAAGGGACAGAAUUUACCAUGUGAAAUGACAUUCAACAAUGACCGUAAUUUGACCUACUCAUGCCAUUAUGUUCCCACCAUGGAGGGAGCCUACAGGGUUGUCAUCAAGUUCGGCAACAAGGAGAUCCCAAAAUCUCCAUUCAGUAUCAAGGUCGAAGGUGCAGCUGGAGACCCAACCAAGGUCACUGCUGCUGGGCCAGGUUUGGAGAAGACAGGUGUCAUUGCCGGCAAGAAGACCUACUUUGAAGUCUACACGCAGAAGGCUGGCAAAGGCACCAUUGAUGUUGCUAUCCUGGACCCUCAUGGUCACAGAGACAAGGUCAGACCAUCCAUCAACCCUGUUGCUGACAAGGAGGGCACUUACCUGGUUGAGUACAUCGCUACAGAACCUGGACUUUACUCCGUCAACAUCUUCUUCACCGGACGCCAGAUCCCAGGAAGUCCUUAUGGAGUCAACGUUGCACCUGCCUCAAAUGCCAAGGCAUGCUAUGCUACAGGCCGUGGUGUGCAACCUCGUGGAAUCAGAGUUAAGGAUGUGGCUGUGUUUUAUGUACACACCAAGGGAGCUGGUGAAGGAGAGGUUGCUGUUCAGAUCUUGGGACCAGCUGGAGAUGAAGAAAAAUGCAAGGUGAAAUCUGUGUCUGGACAAGAGGGUGUGUACGAAUGUGUCUACACUCCAACAAAAACUGGCAGCUACAUCAUUAAUGUCACAUGGGCCGAUCAGCAUAUCAGCAAGUCUCCAUUUAAGGUGGAGGUUGGUCCAUUCUGGGACACCAAGAUCAGAGCCUAUGGACCAGGUCUGGAAGGGGGAGUGGUCAACCAGCCAGCUGUAUUCACAGUUGAAACUAAUGGAGAGGCUGGUGCUCUUGGAUUCUCUAUUGAGGGUCCAAGCCAGGCCAAGAUAGACUGCAAUGACAACGGUGACGGCUCUGCUGAUGUGACCUACUGGCCAACCCAGACAGGAGAGUAUGCUGUGCACAUCUUGUGCGAUGACAAGGACAUCCCUAACUCUCCCUACAUGGCCAACGUCAUCCCUGCUCAGACAUACAAUGCUAGCAAGGUAAUCGCUAAAGGACCAGGUUUAGAGAAGACAGGCGUGGCACCCAACACAUGGGCAGAGUUCACAGUUGACACUCGUUCUGCAGGAAAAGCCCCUCUUUUUGUCAGCUGUAUAGAUGUGGACUACAACCCUGUAGAAGUUCAGGUACAAGACAAUGGAAAUGGCACCUACAACUGCAAGUACAUGGCUACAAAGAGUGUCAAGCACACAGUCAUCAUUACGUUCGGCCUUGUCAUGAUCCCCAAGGCGCCAUUCAGGGUGUUUGUUUCUGAACCAAGCAAUCCUGCAAAGGUCAAGGUCCGUGGCCCAGGUGUGGAGAAAGGUGUUAAGACCUUCUCUUCAACCUACUUUAUUGUAGACUGCAAGGAGGCUGGUCCAGGUGAUGUGGCAGUAGGUGUAACAGAUGAGCGUGGAGUCGAUGUUCCUGUGAAGACAAUAGACAACCUGGAUGGCACCUUCAGAGUGGAGUAUGAGCCCAAGAGCCCGGGACAGUACACUGUUCUGGUGUACUUUGCCACCAAGGAAGUACCUCAGAGCCCCAUUAAGGUCACUGUCGAAGCAAAUAUUGAUGUUAGCAAGGUCAAAGUUGUUGGUCUGGAGAAAACUGUGCCUGUUGGACAGUCCCGAGAUUUCCGUAUCAUCUCUGGAGAUCUUCCUAAAGCAGAGGCCAUCGUCAAGAUAGUUUCCCCAACAAAUAAGGUUAUCGAAGUCCCCACAGUUCUAGCUGAUGAUGGAGCUACAGGUUCAUUUACUUUACUGGAGCCAGGCCCACAUCAGGUGCAAAUCUCCUAUGGGGGAGCACCUGUGCCAGAUUCACCUUUCACUGUUGAUGCUGUCUUGGGUGCACCUAAUGUCAAGGCCUAUGGGCCAGGUUUGACAGGAGGGGUGGCUGAAAGGCCUGCUGUGUUUACUGUAGAUACAAGGGAGGAGAAAACACCAGGAGCUGUUGGGGUGAGUCUUAGGGGACCCGGAAAAUCUCCUGUCCAGCUCAAGGAUAACAAGGAUGGAACUUUUGAGGCCUCAUACGUGCCUUCUCUGCCUGGAGACUAUGUCGUCAAUGUCACACAUGCAGGCCGCCCCAUCCAAGACACCCCCUUCAAGGCAACCAUCCAAGCCAGCACAACCGAGCUGGAUGUCAGUGGAGUUCGUGCCUAUGGACCUGGCGUUAGCCCUGAGGGGGUGUUCACGGAGUGUCCCAACGAGUUCACAGUUGAUGCGAGGUCAGUGUCUCCUACAGCCCAGGGCAAAGUCAAAGCCAUUGUGACCAGCCCUAGUGGACAGAGGACUGAUACACUGGUCAAGAACAAAGGGGAUGGCACGUACAGUGUACUGUACACACCUGUAGAGGAAGGACCCCAGAAGAUUGAUGUCACCUAUGAGGAGCUUCCUAUUCCAGAAUCUCCACUGACUGUAUCCGCCACACCGGGAAGUGAUGCCAGCAAAGUCAAGGCAUACGGCCCAGGUCUGGAGGCUGGAAUCACUGACCAGCCAGCUGUGUUUACAGUUGACCUGAAAGGAGCUGGCAAGGGAGGACUCGGUCUGGGCAUUGAGGGUCCCGAGGAGACCCCCAUUCAGUGCCAGGACAAUCACGACGGAACAUGCCAGGUGGUCUACCAACCCAAAAAGUCUGGACCUUACGAUAUCGCUGUCAAGUUCAAUGAUCAGCAUAUUCCUGGCAGUCCAUUCCAUGUGGGCGUCAAGAAUCCAGUGAACCCGUCUAAGGUCAAGUGUCACGGCCCAGGUUUGGAUAGUGCCAAUGUCAAGGCUGGUCUCCCAGCUGUGUUCACAGUUGAUGCUUCAGAAGCAGGAGAAGCACCUCUGGAGGUCACAUACACAGACAACACAGGUAAGAAACGCCAAGCUGAAAUCGUGCCAGUUGAUGAUGAUGUGUAUCAGGCCUCCUACAUACCCGCUGCAGAAGGACCAUGCCAGGUGGAUGUCAAAUAUGCUGACCAAAGUGUGCCUGGCAGUCCAUUCCGUGUGAAUGCAGCCCCAGGUGUCGAUGCUAGCAAGGUGAAAGUCAAAGGUCCAGGUGUUUCUGGUACCACACCUGCCAGUCUGCCGGCAGUCUUCAAUGUGGACACCCGUCAAGCAGGAGAUGCUGAACUGGACAUCUUUGUGAAGCGCCCUGAUGACACCUUCAUCCGCCCAAUCGUACAAGAGAACGUUGACGGCACGUAUGAUGUGGCCUACACACCUGAGGAUCUGGGUGUGUACGAUAUCACCGUACAGUAUGGAGGCCAGAAUGUUCCUGGAUCACCUUACAAUGUCAAAGCUACACCUACAGGCGAUGCUAGCAAGUGUAAAAUUACAGGUGGAAAUGAUCGCACAAUCGAGGUUGGUAAGGAGACUAUCAUCACAGUGGAUGCAUCUCAUGCUGGAGUCGGCAAGAUCACAUGUCGUAUCCGAACUGCUAGCGGUUCCGACAUUGACAUUGAUAUUGUUGAGCAAGCCGACGGCACCUUCUCCAUCUCCUUCAUUCCUCAGUUCGCAGGACAAUACACGAUUGAAAUCAAAUUUGGGGGAGAGGUGAUUCCAAAUGGAAGCUACACAGUACAAGCUGUUCUGGAGGAAGAGUAUGAAGCCUACAUGACCACUCAGGUGACAGAACAGAGAGUGACCCGUGAGGAGAUUACCUCACUACGUGGAGCUCCUGGUUCUGGCUUGUUCCAGCCUGUAGACUUUGUUCUACCUGUUGGUCCGAUCUUUAACUUUGUCUCAGCUAAAGUUGAGAUGCCUUCAGGAAAACAGGCCUACCCCAACAUUGAGGACAACAAGGACGGUACAGUGACUGUGAGGUAUCAGCCCUCGGAGGUGGGACUUCACAAGCUUCAUAUGCAGUACAAUAAUGAAGAGAUUGAAGGAAGUCCAUUCUUAUUCUACGUGGAGGCAAUUGACUCAGGCUAUGUGACAGCCUAUGGACCAGGUCUCAGCCAUGGUGUUGUGUAUGAACAAGCCUCCUUCACCAUCAACACCAAGAAUGCUGGUGCAGGUGGACUGUCACUCGCCAUUGAAGGCCCAUCCAAGACAGAAAUACAAUGCAAGGACAACGAAGAUGGAACCUGCACAGUGUCUUACGUACCCACUGCACCAGGAGAGUACCAGAUAACAGUGAAGUUUGCAGAGAAGAACAUUGCUGGUUCCCCUUUCACAGCCAAGAUAAUCCCUGGUGAACCCCGGAGAAAGAACCAGAUCUUGGUGGGAAGCAGUUCUGAAGUCUCUCUCAAGGUCACAGAACACGAUAUUGAGAGCCUGACGGCUACCAUCAUUUCACCAUCUGGCAGGGAGGAACCUUGCUUCUUAAAGCGAUUGCCCAAUGGUCAUCUGGGCAUAACCUUCACUCCACGAGAGAAAGGGGAACAUCUUGUGAACGUCUACAGGAAUGGACAGCACAUUGCUAACUCCCCGUUCAAGAUUACUGUCGGUGACAGUGAGAUUGGCAAUGCCAGCAAAGUCAAGGUCUACGGCAAAGGGCUGAAGGAGGGAAUGGCAAAUGAAGUUAAUGAGUUCAUUGUGGACACUCGUGAAGCAGGCUAUGGAGGCAUGUCUUUGUCAAUCGAAGGCCCCAGUAAGGCUGACAUUGAGUGCCAUGACAAUGAAGACGGCACUUGUCACGUUGCCUACAGACCUACAGAGCCUGGAAGCUACAUAAUCAGUAUCAAAUUUGCUGAUCAACAUGUGCCAGGAAGUCCAUUCACUGUCAAGAUUGGAGGCGAACCUUCAGCCAAGAUCACAGAACGCAUAACCCGCCACCGAGAAGCAGCCGACAUCACACACAUCGGCAGCCAGUGUGAACUUAGUCUGAAGAUUCCAG